AUGGGUAUUUGUGCAUCUUUACAAUACACAACCAACAAAGCCAGAAUGAGCCUAAUAAACUGGCAAAACGCAACACAAAUAAUCCACUUCGAAGGAAAGCUACAAGAGUACAUACAUCCGGUGAAAUCAGGCCAAGUUCUGUCGCAAAACCCAAACUGCUUCCUCUGCAGCUCCGAAUCCAUGUUCGUCGGCGCCCACGUGCCGCAACUGCCCACCAACGAGGAGCUCCAACCGGGCCAAAUUUACUUCCUCUUGCCACUUUCGCAGGCCAAAACGCCGCUUUCUCUUCAAGACUUGUGCGCUCUCGCAAUCAAGGCCAGUUCAGCUCUUUCCGCUUCGAACAAAAGAAUUGGGUUUCAUAACACAAGUGGUUGUAAGAUUUCUACGAAAUCUGGGAUUGGUGAGAUCAACCGAAGAAGAAUUGAACUGUGA